CCGGUCGUUCGCAGCGGCAGCGCGCGUGACGGACCUCGACCAGAGAAUCGCCGUUCUGAUGCGGCAGACAAUCGCGGCGUGGUGAUUUGCUGCUCACGCCGCGAUACUUCAGGAGGGAAUGGGGGUACUCGGCCAGGACCUUUCAGGGAUGGCUCACGGCGCUGCCGCUGCGCAUGCCUUAUUUACGGCUGCAGAGGCUCUAGUGACGGACCUCAAUGAAGGAAUCGCCGUUCUGCAGCGGCAGGCAACAAUCGCGGAGGGAGACGCAAGUAAGCACGCCUCGAUGCUCCAGGAACGAGUGGGGAUACUCGGCGAAGACCUUGCAGGGAUGGCUGACCGCCCUGUUGCUGCGCACGCCCGGUGUACGGCUGCGGAGGCACGCGUGACAGACCUCAACGAGAGGCUCGCCGAUAUGCACAAGCAACAAACAACGGCGGCAGGAGCAGCUAGCGAGCACGCCCUGACGUGCAAGAACGAAUUAAGGUGCUCGGCGAGGACCUCGAAAAGAUGGCUGACCAUGCCGCCACUGCGGACGACCGAUCUGCGGCUGCGGAGGCGCGUGUGA